AGGGUUCCGCUUUGUUCGUCAUCACUAGCUAGCGCAGCCCUUACGAUCCGUUCUCUCCCUUUCGCUACUGGUUUAUCUCUUGCGGUAAGGCUCCGGCGAAAGCUGAGUUUCUCUUGAGCGAAGACAAGUUCGAUCGUCCGCCUGUCAAGCUGCUCCGGUAAUCUAUACAUUUGACUGUUGUUGGAGGAUCUGAUUUUGUUAUCAUGUCAACCUUUGCUAAACCUGAGAAUGCUUUAAAGAGGGCGGAAGAGCUGAUCAAUGUUGGGCAGAAGCAGGACGCUCUGCAAGCUCUUCAUGAUCUAAUAACAUCAAAGAGGCACAGAGCAUGGCAAAAGACACUGGAAAGGAUCAUGUUCAAGUACAUUGAGCUUUGUGUUGACAUGCGAAGGGGUAGAUAUGCCAAGGAUGGAUUAAUCCAGUAUCGUAUUGUAUGUCAACAAGUUAAUGUGAACUCAUUGGAGGAGGUGAUCAAGCAUUUUAUGCACCUAUCCACUGAGAGAGCUGAGACUGCACGGAAUCAAGCUCAAGCCCUUGAAGAAGCUUUGGAUGUUGAUGACCUUGAAGCUGAUAAAAGGCCAGAGGAUCUUAUGUUAAGUUUUGUCAGUGGUGAGAAAGGAAAAGAUAGAUCUGAUCGUGAACUUGUUACCCCAUGGUUCAAAUUUUUGUGGGAGACAUAUAGAACAGUGCUUGAAAUAUUGAGGAACAACUCAAAGUUGGAGAGCCUUUAUGCGAUGACUGCACACCGUGCAUUCCAGUUCUGCAAGCAAUACAAACGCACCACUGAAUUUCGUAGGCUGUGUGAAAUUAUCAGGAACCAUCUGGCAAACCUUAACAAAUAUAGGGAUCAAAGAGACCGUCCUGAUAUUUCUGCACCUGAAAGCUUGCAGCUUUAUCUUGAUACAAGAUUUGAGCAGUUGAAAGCUGCGACUGAGCUUGAGCUUUGGCAGGAGGCUUUUCGCUCCGUGGAAGACAUUCAUGGAUUGAUGUGCAUGGUCAAAAAAACUCCUAAACCAUCUCUUAUGGUUGUUUAUUAUGCAAAGUUAACUGAAAUCUUUUGGGUCUCUUCGAGCCAUCUCUAUCAUGCAUAUGCAUGGUUUAAGCUGUUUUCACUUCAGAAAAGCUUCAAUAAGAACCUAGGCCAGAAGGAUUUACAAUUAAUAGCUUCUUCAGUUGUUCUCGCAGCUUUAUCAGUUUGCCCAUAUGAUAAUUCUAAUGGAGCUUCACACAUGGUCCUUGAAUAUGAGAAAGAAAGGAACUCAAGGAUGGCUAAUCUUAUAGGAUUCGUUGUUGAUCCCAAGCUUGAGAAUAGAGAAGUGCUUUCUAGGCCAUCCCUGCUUUCUGAACUGGUUUCAAAAGGUAUAAUGAGCUGUGUCACUCAAGAAGUGAAGGAUCUUUACAAUCUUUUGGAGCUCGAGUUUCUUCCCCUUGAUCUUGCAUCAAGGGUGCAACCGUUACUGAAUAAGAUAUCUAAACUUGGGGGUAAACUGUCGUCCAUUUCUUCUGUAUCUGAAGUGCAUCUUUCACAGUAUAUUCCUGCUCUGGAGCGACUUGCCACAUUGAGAGUACUUCAGCAGGUGUCUAAGGUGUAUCAAACAAUGAAAAUUGAGAGCCUAUCUCGGAUGAUUCCUUUUCAUAAUUUUUCUGUCGUGGAAAAAAUUGCUGUCGAUGCUGUAAAUAGCAAGUUCAUAUCCUUGAAGGUUGAUUACAUGAAGGGUAUUGUCGUAUUUUCGAACUUGGGUCUUGAAUCAAAUGAACUGCGUGACCAUCUAACAAAUUUUGCUGAAUCGCUAAAUAAAGCUAGAGGAAUGAUAUGUCCUCCAACAAAGAAGGCAUCAAAACUAGGUGAUAUACUGCCCGGUUUGUUGGAGACUGUUGAAAAGGAACACAAAAGACUCCUUGCUAGAAAAUCAAUAAUUGAGAAACGGAAGGAAGAGCAAGAACGUCACUUGUUGGAAUUGGAACGCCAAGAGGAGCUAAAGAAACUUGAAAUUCAGAAGAUAACUGAAGAUGCCGAACAGAGAAGGCUUGCUGCAGAAUACGAACAGAGGAGAAACCAAAAGCUAAAAGAGAUAGAGGACCGUGAGAUGGAAGAUGUGAGAGCCAUGCUUGAAGAUGCAGAUAAACGUGGUAAGAAGAAGGGAAAGAAGCCACUUAUUGAGGGAAAAGUAACAAAACAAUCUUUGAUGGAGCUGGCUUUGACUGAGCAACUUCGAGAGAGGCAGGAGAUGGAGAAGAAACUGCAGAAGUUAGCCAAGACUAUGGAUUAUUUGGAGAGGGCUAAAAGGGAAGAAGCAGCUCCUUUGAUUGAAGCUGCAUUCCAACGUCGCCUCGUGGAAGAACGUGAAUUGCACGAGCGUGAACACCAACAAGAGAUAGAAAUCAGCAGGCAGCGUCAUGAUGGGGACCUCAAGGAGAAGAACAGGCUUUCUAGGCUGUUGGAAUAUAAGAUCCAGUUCCAGGAAAGAUUGGUGAAACGCAGGCAAGAAGAAUUUGACAGACUGAAGGGCGAACGAGAGGAGAAGGUUAACCAAAUUCUUCAGGAGAGGAAACAAGAGAGGGAAUACAAGAGGAAAGUGUUGUGCUAUUUGGAGAGGGAGGAAGAGAGGCUCAGGAAGUUGCAGGAAGAAGAGGAAGCUCGCAAACGCGAAGAAGAGGAAAGAAGAAAGAAACAAGAAGCAGAACGUAAGGCGAAACUAGAUGAGAUUGCAGAGAAGCAAAGGCAAAGAGAGAAAGAACUGGAAGAGAAAGAACGGCUUUGGAAAGAGAAUGUUUUGGGUAAAUCCUCCGAGUUGGUCCACCCAGCCAGGUCAGCUUUCGACGUUCCUCAUGCUGUGGAACCCUUGGCCGCUGUCCCGGCUGCUGCUGCGGCAGCUCCGGCAUCAGGGGGGAAGUAUGUUCCUAGGUUUAGGCGCACACAGGCUGAGAGUGGUGGUGGACAGGCAGCGGCUCCUGAUGGUCCGGGGGUGGGUGGCCGUGGUGGUGAAAGUGAUCGUUGGGGAAGUCGCGGUGGUGGUGAUAGCAGGAGGCCAUUCCCAGUUGGUGGUGGUGGUGGAUCUGGAGGAUCCAAGUGGAGGUCUUAAGCAAAAAGGAUUGUUUGGAUUUUGUUUUUGAUUUGUUUGUAGUGUUUUAUUACUGUUAUUAAUUAUUAUGUGUUGUUGAUUCAACUGUCAGACAAAGUCAUAUUUGGAUGUUUUGAAAUUUUGAGAUACUGUUUUCAUUUGUGGUUGAUUGGCAUAAGAACAACUGUAUGUUGAAAUACUUUAUUCUAUUUUUCAUGGAACAUUGUAAGUUCUAUUGUUGCUA